AUGAUACGCAGCUCAAAGGACCCCUUGUGCGACGCAAACGACGUGCAUUCAGUGGAAACCCCCUUAGGCAUUGAGAAAAAGAAUUCGCUUCACAUUUUUGGGACACACAGAGAGCAGUCCGAUAGCAAGAAGAAGCGAGUCCAGUGCAGGGCCCUACAAGGGGAUGGGCAGUACAAGAAAGAAAUUUUUCGCAAAAUGAAGGAUUUUUACAAACAUGAGGAGACUAGUUUGUGUUGCGAUAGGAGCCCAGCUAGGGGCUCUAACCAUGUUCAGGAAAGCCCCAGAGGGGCAAAUCCGAGUGACGAAAAAAUGAGAGGGGAAGAAGCAAAGGCGAAAAAUGGAUCGGCAGAUGAAAACAUGGAAACAAAUAUAGCAAAACCUUUCAGCAAGAAAAGGAAGACGCUGUUACACGAAAUGGCAUAUGUCCCAUCGGAGAGUAAUUCAAAAAGGAAACGCGAAGUUGGAAAGGGAACGGAUGGAGAAGGAUCCAUUAAAAGUGACCACAAUGAGCGGGAUGAUAAGACGUUUUCACAUGAAGAAGUUAACCGCAGAGAAGACCUUCCUAUGGGUAAUUUAGUUCAAAGGGAAGACAAAGCGGAUGAUUCAAAGGAGGUAGUAGAACAAAAUCGGAGAGAAGCUGAUCCUGCUGUUAACAGGAGAAUUGAUACUUCCGCCCCUUUGAAUGAGCAUGUAGAAGGGAAGCAUAAUAAAGGGAAAAACGAACUAAACGGCGGCUGUACCAUUGGGGAAGACAAAACAAAUGCUCAAAUUAGUUUUGAUGGAGAGAUAACUGCUCCUUAUGGGAAUGAUAAGGAUGCCUUAUGUGACGUCUACUCCAACAAUUUAGAGGUAGGAAGUGAGAAGAAGCGUGGGGACCAUAGCUCCUCACUGAAAAGACGACGCAGUUCUGUAACAUCAGAUAAGAAAAAUGGAAAAAAUCCAAGAAAUGUGUCAGCCACUGUGGAUUCUUAUGAUAAUCAAAGGGAAAAUAUGCCCAAUAAGCGUAGUCACUAUUCUGGUGAAGAUAAAACGAGUACCGACACUGUAAGCUGUGAGGAGGAAAUGAAUGACAAAACGGAGUCCAAACGGAAGGGGGGUUCAAACAUAGGUGGUACUAAUGGAAGAAGUGAAGCCACUUUCAGAAAGGCACUUAAACGUGUGUUCAACGGAAGCAACAGUAUCGUUAAAAAUAGUAUUGUCGAGAAAAAGAAAAAGAUUAAGAGCAUUCACAACGAGAUUUUGAGCCUCAUUAGUGCAGAUAGCUUUGCAAGCAAAGGAGAGCUGAUGAACUGCGGAGUGAACUCUCUACGCAGAAAGGAUGUAACAGUUGAUGAGGGAGGUCAGCAGUUAAACACAGGAGUGAAUGAAAAAGAGGGAAAAGGGGUAGAAGCACAGAUAGACAACCACAUUGGUUCGCUAGCAGAGUAUCAGCUUAUCAGCCCGUCUGAAGAAAGGCUCAUUUUGGAAGAGUACAAAUUGGUUUACUGCGAUGAAAAGGGAUCUCUCAAAAAAGGGGUACACGAAGUGGAAUACGAAAAGGAUUGCGGUGUGCAGAGCGAAGUAGCUGAAUAUCACAAAAUGGAUAAGUCUAUCGAGGGGAGCAGGAAGGGAUACAGAUCAACAAAUGGAGGUCAAAAUUGUCCUUUGGAAACAUCUUUUUUAUGUAAUGCCGAGUUGGUGGAAAAGGGACCAAAUCGUGUGAAGAUCCCUCAGAAGGGAGAUAUUUACAAGGAAAAUCCCCCACGCGGAGGGAGAAUCCCCUGUAAACCACAACCACGGAGCGGCCUGCUAAAAAAGGUAAAGCUAAUAUACGAGAGGGAAAAAAAAACAUUGGAGAUAAAUCGAAAAUAUCUAAAUAAGUAUGGUUACUUUAAAGUAAUAUUGAGCACAUACACUAGAAAUGAUCUGCUUCACAUGAACGAGCAUGGCGUUGACUUUGACCUGUCAAGGAUUUUGUUCUCACAUGACAUCAUAAAGAAAAUUAACCGAGUGAACUUCAAGACGGUUAUAAAAGCUCUGGACUUUUACGGCUAUCUAUACGACAAUACAUUUUUAAAAAGGCUAUCUAAUAAGGUCACUAUAAACGAAUGGUUAUGUAAUGCUAUUUUUUUUCAAAAAAUAUUUACAAGGAAGGUACUAAAUGUGGGAAUAUUCUUCGACCUUGUGUAUCAUUUCUUGUAUUUGAAUCCUGCUUUUAUUGAUUUUUUCUUUAGCAAAAAUGGUGGGAAAUUUGUAAAAAAAUUUUCUCUAUAUGACAGAUAUAAGGCGCUCAGAUUGGUGAACAAGAUUGUUGCUCAGUUGAAGAUUAUUAGGCCGUCCACCGACUCGGUGGUGAAAUUUCUGUUUGGAUUUUUUUCAAAUAAAACGGAUGGGGGAGAAGCAAAAAGGGGUGGUAGGAAAAGGACAGCUUUACAUGGGGGUGAACCCAGAAAAAAGGACAACUCGGCGGAUGUGACGGUGGAAGAAUGGAUGCCCCUCAUUAACCAAAGUAACCAUUCAGUGAGUAAUCCUAUAAAGAGGAAGCCCAAAGGAGGGAAGGAAAAUUCCCACGUGUAUAUAAAAAAUACCAAGUUUAAAAAAACAGGGCUACGAAAUAUUUUAAACAAAAUUUGGGAAAAGACGGAUUUGUACGUAAAGGAGGAAGUCUACUAUGGGAACAACUUUACAGUUAGGAAAAGAUUAAGGGAAGAUGUGACUCAUCAUUUGAACAUGCUGAACAAUCUUUUGUUUGAUUCGAAUGACACGAUGAGUACGUGUGGGUCUUAUUCAUUUGGGGACGAUCAGGAGGAUGGGGAUGUGUGUUACAGCUUUGACAAAUCAGGCGAAAUUAACUUUGGCAUUAACGAGAAAAUUAGUGAAUCGUUUCACCAGAGCAGGUACCAUCAUGGGGGUGACCAGGAUGGUGGUGAUAACUCAGACGAUGGUGAUAAUAUAGACGGGGGUGAUCAUGUAGACGGGGAUGAUAAUACAGACGGGGGUGAUAAUGUAGAUGGUGGUGAGAACGUGAUUAGCUGCGACGAGAGGAGAGCCACCAAAACGUUUCAUUCACUGGACUGCGUGCCGAACGUAUCCUUCGAUUUGUUCUCCCAGGAGGGGGACUCCUUCCAAAGGGGAGAUUCCUACCUAACGCUCUGUUUCAAGGAGGAAGAAAAAUGUGACACGGAGAAAUAUGUUAAGGACCUCACCUACCUAGGAAUAAGAGUUAGCUCGAAGGAAAACAAAAUAAACUACUACAACUGUUUUGACGUGAAUUUGAAGGUGUACUUGGAGGGUUGUCUCCUGGCUGAUGUGAAAUAUAAUAUCUCCAAGGAGGGUGAUUAUAUGUCUGCUUUUUUUCCCGUGUGGCCGCACAACCCUGAUUACUUUGGGUACCAAAUUGGGACGAACAUAAAAAAGGAGAUCAACAAAAUGAAAAAAACUUUUGCAAUGAAGGAAAGAGGGGAUGUGGAAAAAAAAUCGACCGGAAUUGUCCAUAACAGAAUGAAGAGUAAAGCAACAAUAUGUGGUGAAUAUGGCACCACUCGUGCAAUGCGCGAAAAAAAGAAGAAAAGGUUCCUUUUUGCUAAGUUGUACAGUGGGCCCAGUACUGCUAAGAAGAACGCACACAGAAGAGACAGCCAAGAGUGGAAGGAAGAGAAGAUUCGAAAUGUGGAUCAAAUGAAAAUAAAGGAUUGCUGUUUUGUGUUGAGUGUAAAAAUAUACCCCCUGCGCACAUUAGCAUUGUACAUUCUGUAUAAUGCCUUAUACGAAGAUAACAACACAAAGCUUGUUGAGUUGUAUUCUAGUAGCUUAAACAAAGAAACGAAGGAAUGGCUCCUCCUCUUUCUUCUUCCCAACUUUGUAAACAAAUGUAUACAUAAAGUUACAUACCCCCUAAAAUUGACAAAAAAUAUUUUCUCCGAAUCGAAUGAAUUUUAUGAAGACUUCUUCUCCAAUGAAUAUUUAAAAAUUAAUGAUAUCGAGAAAAUUAUUAUAUACACAAAAAAUAACAGCGAGGACGAUAUGGAAAUAUGUCCCUUUUCCUUCUGCUACUUAUGGUUAAAAUGUACCAGGCAUAAAAUUGAUAGAUGGAUUAGCUCCAAAAUAAAUGAAGUUCUUUUUACAUUUCCCUUUGCGAAUUUUCUGCUCAGUAAAUAUUUUUCCAAUUUUAUUUUAUUCAUUCAGUUGUUCCAUACCUGCUUGGAUAUAGAUCACAUGUAUCUGUGUAAGUCCCACUUUUACGUUUCUCUGAAGCAUAAUUUGUCCUUCAUGCACGAGUCGCUGGUGAACGUUCUGUUUUCCCCUCCGCAGAGGUGGUAA